AGCUCCGCUGCUCAGUCCAGCCUGCGUGUACUUCAGCGUCGGCACUGACCAUGCAGGAGCCCCUGCUAGGAUCCGAGGGUCUGGACUAUGACACCUUCCCCGAGGCCCCCGCGUCGCCGAGAGAAAGGACGCGGGCCGGGGUCUUGCAAAACAGAAGGGUGUUCCUGGCCACUUUUGCUGCUGUGCUGGGCAAUUUCAGCUUUGGGUAUGCCCUGGUCUACACGUCCCCAGUCAUUCCUGCGCUGAAGCUCUCUUCUGACCCAGAACUACACCUGGACAAAAAGCAGGCAUCCUGGUUUGGGUCCGUGUUCACCUUGGGUGCCGCAGCUGGGGGCCUCAGUGCUAUGGUACUCAAUGACCUCCUGGGCCGGAAGCUCAGCAUCAUGUUCUCGGCUGUCCCCUCAGUCAUUGGCUAUGCACUCAUGGCUGGUGCCCGUGGCCUCUGGAUGCUCCUGCUGGGGAGAACGCUGACAGGCUUUGCCGGGGGACUCACUGCUGCCUGCAUCCCGGUAUACGUGUCUGAGAUUGCACCCCCUGGUGUUCGUGGAGCUCUUGGGGCCACACCACAGCUCAUGUCCGUAUUUGGAUCCCUGUCUCUCUAUGCCCUCGGUCUUUUGCUGCCCUGGAGGUGGCUUGCUGUGGCCGGGGAGGGGCCUGUCCUCGUCAUGAUCUUGCUGCUUAGCUUCAUGCCCAACUCGCCUCGCUUCCUGCUCUCAAAGGGCCGGGAUGAGGAGGCACUGCAGGCGCUGACCUGGCUGCGAGCUGACUCGGAGGUCCACUGGGAGUUUGAGCAGAUCCAGGACAACGUGCGGAGACAGAGUAGCCGAGUGUCAUGGUCGGAGGCCCGGGACCCCCGUGUGUACCGGCCUAUUCUCAUCGCAGUCCUGAUGCGCUUUCUACAGCAGCUGACGGGCAUCACGCCCAUCCUCGUGUACCUGCAGACCAUCUUCGACAGCACGUCAGUGGUGCUGCCCUCCCAGCAGGAUGCAGCCAUCGUGGGCGCUGUGAGGCUCGUGUCUGUGCUGAUUGCGGCUGUCACCAUGGACCUGGCUGGCCGCAAAGUCCUGCUCUAUGUGUCAGCAUCCGUCAUGUUUGUGGCCAACCUGACGCUGGGGCUGUACAUCCACUUUGGCCCAAGGCCUCUGACCCCCAACAGCACUCUGGGACUGGAGAUCAUGACCUUGGAGGGCACAGAGCAGCCCCCAGCUACGUCCUUCAAUUAUCUCACUCUGAUACCCCUACUGGCCACCAUGCUCUUCAUUAUGGGCUAUGCCAUGGGCUGGGGGCCCAUCACCUGGCUCCUCAUGUCUGAGGUUCUGCCCCUGCGUGCCCGUGGUGUUGCCUCAGGGCUCUGUGUGCUGGUCAGCUGGCUUACAGCUUUCGUCCUCACCAAGUACUUCUUGCUGGCAGUGAAUGCCUUCGGCCUCCAGGUGCCUUUCUUCUUCUUCUCGGCCAUCUGCGCGCUCAGCCUGCUCUUCACAGGCGGCUGCGUGCCUGAGACCAGGGGCCGCUCGCUGGAACAGAUUGAGGCCUUCUUCCAAACCCGCAGGAUGUCCUUCAGGCCCUAGUCAGGGGCUUGGCUCUAAGGGACCACAUCACCCAGGCCAGGCCUUUGCCUGCAACCAGGAGCAGCAGCAUCCCUGCCGUCAGCCAGAAUGCAGAACACAUUUCCACCUCCGGACAGGCAGUUCACCAACUAUGGGCUGGUAGGCCCCAGCUCAGGCAGCCUGCGGUGCUGUAAUACCUCAACUGAGACCUGCAGGGGAAGCAGGCAGCCCAGCCCCAGACUGAGCAAAGGCUGUGCCCAAGGACAAGGCUGUCGGGGGAGGACCUGGGGCUUAGUUUCUCACUCCUAUAAGGGACACUUCCCAUGCAGAGCCACGCUGAGAACAGAGAACAGGGCUGGAGGUGGCAAAGUGGCUCUGUACAGGGACAUCAUCACAUCAUGCUGUUCUGAUCAGCUGGCAUGGGAAGGACAGGGUCCUGCACCCACAGGGUCUGGAUACCUUGGGGGGAACAUUGGGCUUCCAAAGGCCAGAGUACAGGACCCAUUCCAACCUUUGGAUACCUCUAGUCUGAAAACUGUUCACUGUUUUUCAAAAUAAAGGAAUUGGGCCUGCUGCCUCAGGGAGGAAAGGGGAGCAGGAUCUAUUCCAGGAGCUCCCUACCCCAGCAGCCAGGGCACUCUGGACGUGAUCAUAGCGCAGAGAAAGCAGCAGCCACCGUGGGGUUGAACGCCAGCUCACCCUUUACAGAUAGGCUACUCUGA